UGACCUUAUUUGUUCCUAAUGUCAAAAUUACAAAACUAUGUUCAUUAUUUGCUAAUAACACAUACAAGCCGAAACACUUCCCAUAAACUAGAGAUUUGUGUUGAUUAAACGACUAAAUAGUGUUCCAUAUAUCGUCUGCGUUAGACGACGUAUUGAAGUUCUAAUUGGGUAUAAACAGAGAAAAGAGCAGCUCUUAAAAAUGGCAUUUCUGGGUCACAUUGACUGCGAAGGAACCAUGAUCAGUCGUGAGCUUUUCUGCAGCGGUGGGUCCAAGAACCAAUCGCAACAGGAUGAUAUCGAGACAAUCGAGGGUUCCAGGACCUACAUCAAGACCUUUGACCAGAAGAGCCUGCUGCAGGCUAUGGGCAGUCCCAGCACGGUGCGCUAUGUGGCCAGCUCCGAGUCGUCCAGCGAAAUGCAUUCAUUGGACGAGACGGAGAGCUCCAUUUUGCGCCGCUGUUUACUCGAAUCCCAAAGGACACUGUUGGCCGAAAACGAGGAAUAUGCAGACGAUCAAGAGCUUGAAACCGAAACAAUUUGCCUGCAUCUAGGAAGUCCUAGGAGUAGCAGUGGCAGCAACAAUACCUCAAGCAACAGAUCAAGCAACUCUCGCGAAUCCGAGGACCAGGAGAAGAGCUCAACCACCUCCAUGUGCAGCUGGGAGGAGGCCAUGUCCCGGGGUGAGAGCUCCCAGGAGGAGACUCGCAAUUUCAGUGUGCCUUCACUACACCUGGGUUCCCAUCGGGGCUCGGCUCCGAUGACCUAUACCCGUCGCCUUCAUCCGCAGCGACUGGAAACCGCCGAUGAGGCCUACGAGAACUGGCUGUCGGCCAAGCAACAGCAGGCCAAAUAUCGUCGCCAGGCGGAGCAAAAGUCCAAGGAGGAGCAACUGCAGCGAGCGGAGCUGCGUCAGCGGUUGUCCCAGGAGCGGUACGAGCAGUGGUGUCGCCAAAAGACACUGCAAUCCCUUGCAGAACAGCAACACAAGCAACCAAAGUCUGCUCGAAUCCCAGAGAGUAAAUCCAAUCCAGCAACCACAGAUUCCCGCCUGCUGCAAUGGGAGCGGGAAAAACUGAGGCUGGCGGAGAGGCGUCUCCAGCUGCGGAAUGCCGAGCAACGGAGACAGCAGGAAAACCUAAAGCGUCAACAGCAGGCGGAUCAAGCCUUCCAGCGAUGGAUGAGCCAUGUGGAUCAGCGACCCAAGCCAGUGCCCAGCAGUCAAGGAAUCAACUCUCUGAGAGGCACCAUCUCCGAACUCUACAUCAAUCCCAAUCGGUGGGUGGACUGAGGCUGGGAUUGGGGUCAACAGGACUCUUGAAAGGCGAGAGUGGUGUGGCAGCCUAGUUUCCUGAGCUGCGUAGUCAAAGUUUGAACCAAGUUAAUCUAUAUAUUUACCCAUUUAACACUAUUAAAUAGCAUAUAAAACCA